AUGAAGCGCCGGCGUGCCUUCCCGUUGGCAUGCGGUGGCGUCCUUUUGACAGCCUCUUCCUGGCACGCAUCGCCGGGCUUUGCGCUGCCACGAGCCCCUGUGGAGGUUCCCUCCUCCUUCACGGCGCAAUUUUCAGUGCUGCCGGAGAACUUCUCGUGGGAGGAGUUCGUGCAAGCGUCGCAGCGGCCAGUGCGGCCGUGCGUGCGCUUGAAUCCUCUGAAAGGUGGCGACGUCCGAAGUGUCCGGUGCCUGGGAGCCGCGAAUGCUUGGCGGCUCGCAGACCCUGUGCCCUGGGCUGCUGAUGGCUACUGGGUCCAGCCCUUGAAGCCCAAUGUUUUCUCAUUCGAAGAAGAGAAGGAGGAGCUGCCUUCUGCCUGGGCGAAGCUUGCAGCCAAAAAGGCGCCAAAGAAGGGGAAGCGACGGCUCACAGCAGAGGCUGAUGCUGCACGCCCCCACGCGCCAAGUACUGUCAGCUGGUCCAAGGAUGGUGCAGCCCUGCUUGGCCGAGUCUACGUGCAGGAGGCAUCGUCCCUGCUGCCCGUAGCAGCACUGCGCGACGCAGUGGGGGACACCCCGCCGGCAAGUUUCCGUGUCCUGGACCUUGCGGCCGCCCCGGGUGGGAAGACGAGUGCUAUCGCCGCCUGGCUAGCACCGAGCAGCGGCGCAGUGGUGGCGAACGAGCCGAACAUCGACCGCUGCAAGGCGCUGGUGGAGAACCUGCUCCGCACCGGUUCGAUGCCCUGGGCCGCCGUCACCCAGAUGGAUGGGCGCAGCUGUGGCAAGGCUUGGCCCGAGGCCUUCGAUGCCGUCCUCCUUGAUGCACCUUGCUCGGGGGAGUCGCUCACCAGACGAGGUGAAGACUUUGCUUCGUCAUUGGAUCAGUCGCCGGCGUACAUAGAAGGACUGUCCAAACUUCAACGACAGCUCAUCUCGUCUGCCUACCAGGCGCUGCGUGUUGGUGGUGUGCUGGUCUACAGCACAUGCACCUUGAACAUUAAAGAGAACGAGGAAGUGUGCCACUUCCUGGAAGAGUCUUUUCCGGGAGCCGUGGAACGGCUGCCCCUGGACGGACUGCCAGGCACAGAGUCCAUGCAGACGGUGGAUGGAUGCCUGAGAUGCUGGCCGCAGCUCUCGGAUACGCAGGGCUUCUUCGUGGCCCGCUUCCGGAAAACGGCAGCGCACUCUGAGGUUGCGAAGGCCGUCCCUGGCGACAGCAAAGUUCUCUCGCCUCUCAGCAGCCGCGAGGCCUUGGCCGUGAAGCGUGCCUUCCUCAACGCGUUCGGCGAUUGCCCUGGCUUAGACGGCUCAAGGCUCCGCCGGCGGAAGAAGGAGGUCUGGCUCCUCCCCGAGGUGCUGCAGGACCUUCCUUUCUCCGGGCCCCGGCGCGUGGGCAUUCGCAUGGCGAUGACACGCAGGCAGGCAGCCAAGUUGUGCGAACUGUCGGUUUCCCUCCUUCCUCCUGCAAGGCAUGACCUGUCCUAUCCUGCUCACAUGGAGUGGGCCAGGGGCUGA